GGGCCAGGCACACAGCGCCAGGGCAGCCCCCGCAAGGCACCAAUGGGCUCCGCUUGCUCAUACAGCAGCGGCCACAGGGGGCCUGCAGCUGCCCCGAGCAGGGCCAGCGAGCAGCAAAGCGGCACAAGGAACCCCCUGAAAACACCCACCCGUGGCAACACAGCCGCACUCAGCCCUCCCACGGCACCGCACACACACCCCCUGCACACCUCUGCCGGCCCCCACACACACCCCCACGGACACACGGACACAGCUCCCCACACCGACCCCAGCGCCGCACCCCCCCACAGCUCCCCAGGGCCUGCCCACGGCCGCACGCAGCUCCCCACGCUCACACCCCCCGCACACACCCGCACGCAGCCCUCUCACAGCCCCAGCGCUGCCCACUCCAACCCUCACGCCCCUCACCCACACAACCGCCGCACAGAGGCUCCCCCACACCCACCCACUCCCACCGCGCAAACCUCCACGCACCCAGCGCACCCCGACAGGCCCCACGGACCCUCCGCACCCCCAACCCCCACAGAGCCCUCCCCAGCUCCAGCACACGGCCCCCAGGCCCCGGGCGUUCCGAUCCCCCCUCAGCCACAGCGCUGCCCUCUCCCCACCUGGCAGCCGGCCCAAAGGCGGCGCAGAGCAGAGGCCGAGGCCGAGGCAGAGCCCAGCGCAGGCUGGCGGCAGCAGCACCAAUGGCGCCCGCGGGCGCCAGGGGCAGCUCCUGGGCGCCGGGGCGGAGCUGCCGAGCUCCUGCGGCUCCCCUUGGCUGCCGCCGCUCCGCUGCGGGCGGCACUUCCUCUCCGGCCCCAGCUCCGCCGCCGCUGCGCUGGGACGCGCCGCGCGCAAGGGCAGGCUCCGCUGCGGGGCUUCUGCUGCAGCGCUCUCUGCCCGCCCAGGCCGCCGGGAGCCUGCCGGGGCCGGCGCUUGGCAGCUGCCUGCGCGCUGAGCUGCGCCUCGGCCUCCUGCUCUGCGCCGCCUUUGUCUGCUCGGGGCGGCAUGUUGGAAGAGUUUGGCAAACCCAGGAGUCACUGAAAUCUCUGCAGUGCUCUCAAGAGACUUGAAUUGGCCUUUAGGCAUUUUUGGCAGUUUGCAGAUUGGCAAUGAUGAGGUUGAAGAGAGAAGAAUAGAAGAGAUCAAAAGGGACUUCAGGACACUGGGGCAGGUGCUGCAAGGAUCCGGGGCACAGGGACUGUGUCCUUCUCUCUCCAUCAGUCCUGCCAUUGUGGUCUGGGAAAGAGCAGAGUUUGCACAUCUGCUCCUUGCAACAGCUCAGCAGGCAACAGCAGUGACCUCUUCCUCCACCAGCAUGGCCUCACAGAACAACUCAGACAAGAGCUGGGAGGAGAAGGAGCACCAAGUGAACAAGAUGGAGCAGCCAAAGUGCAGCCCCAAGAAAGAGGCGGAGGAAGAGAACAACAUAGAGGAUAUUGAUGAGAAUGAUGACUAUGAUGAUGUUGUCUGUAAGGAGGAAGAGGACGAUGAGGAUGCAUAUCACCAAGAUGAUGAAGAGCGGGAGGGGCACUGUCUCAUCCACACCAGAGAGAAGCUGUUCUCCUGUGCUGAGUGUGGCAAGAGCUUCACCUACAGAUCUGCCCUCACCAUCCACCAGCGCUCACACACCGGUGAAAAGCCCUUCACCUGUGCUGACUGUGGCCAGAGCUUCAGCUGCAGAUCUAAUCUCACCACCCACCAGCGCACACACACGGGUGAGAAGCCCUUCACCUGUGCUGACUGCGGCAAGACUUUCAGUCAGAGCUCCAACCUCUCCCGGCACCGCCUCACACACACUGGUGAGAAGGUUUCCUGUCCUGACUGCGGCAAGGCUUUCACCCGCAGCUCCACCCUCAACAACCAUCGCCGGAUCCACAGCAGAGAGAAGCUCUUCCCCUGUACAGAGUGUGGCAAGAUCUUCACCUUGAGCACCGCACUGCUCCGGCACCACCUCAUCCACAGCGGCGAGAGGCCAUACAGCUGCACCGACUGCGGCAAGAGUUUCAGCCACAGUUCCACCUUCACUCUCCACCGCCGUACCCACACUGGUGAGAAGCCUUUUACCUGCGCGGACUGUGGCAAGAGUUUCAUCAAGAAAUCCAAUAUGACCCUCCACCAACGCACACACACUGGUGAGAAGCCAUACGCCUGCAGUGACUGCAGCAAGAGUUUUGCUCACAAGGCCUCUUUCACCAUACAUUGUCGUGUCCACUCUGGUGAGAAGCCCUUCACCUGCAGUGACUGCAGCAAGAGUUUCACUCACAAGUCCUCUCUUAUCGCACACCGUCGUGUCCACACUGGUGAGAAGCUCUACAGCUGUGCUGACUGUGGCAAGAGGUUCAAGAGCAGCUCUCAUCUUACCCAGCACUGCCACAUCCAUGUCGCUGACCAGGCCACAAUGGGGGGCAGUCACAAAUAGACCCAUCCUGGGUCUGUUGGGGUAAUUGGGUCAACCCCAAGUGAGCUUUUCCAGCAGAUGGAACCAAAAUCACCUCUUUUCCACAUGCAUUUCUCAGUGGCUGGGAGCUCCAGGAACAAACAACCUCUGCCUUUCUAAACACCAAUGAGUAGUGAUGAGAAUAAUUACACUGAUGAGUUGACACAGCUGGUGCUGCCACUAGAGCUGUGCUGAGCUUUGUCUGGAUUUAUCUGGUUGUUCUCCAAUGCUUUGGAUCUCCCUGGGUUAAAAAAAAAAACAACUGUCCCAUGCCCAGGUGUGAAUAAUAACCAAAGUUACCCAAAUCCUGUAUUU